GCCACAGUGACGCUUACGGAAGAGCUCUGCGGACCUCGCGAGGUGCGGGGCAGAGCAAUCACGGCUCCAGACGGCGGGACCGCAGGGCCCUUCGUGGCCGCGAAUGAGUCGGGGAAUCAUGCCCCAACCCGGAGCGUGGCCGGGAGCGGGCUGCUCGGAGACGCCGGCGCGCGAGGCAGGGGCCGCGGCGCGGGACGGCGGGAAGGUGACGGUCGGCGCGCAGCCCCGGGCCGCGACGCGAUGCCCGGCGGAGCACGAGGAGGACAUGUACCGUGCUGCAGAUGAAAUAGAAAAGGAGAAAGAAUUGCUAAUACAUGAAAGAGGGAUAUCAGCAGAACCCAGGUUAAGUGUGGCUCCUGAAAUGGAUAUUAUGGACUACUGCAAAAAGGAAUGGAGAGGAAAUACCGAGAAAGCCAUGUGCAUGAGAAAGGGCUAUGAGGAAGUUUCUCAGAAGUUCACUUCCAUAAGGCGAGUCCGUGGCGAUAAUUACUGUGCACUGCGGGCCACACUGUUCCAGGCUAUGAGCCAGCUGGCCGAGCUGCCCCCCUGGCUGCAGGACCUGGAGCUCAUACUGUUACCGGAAAAGCUGAUAAACAAAUAUACCUGGAUCAAGCAGUGGAAACUUGGACUGAAAUUUGAUGGGAAGAGUGAAGACCUGGUUGAAAGAAUCAAGGAAUCCCUUGCCCUGCUAAGGACGAAGUGGGUCAGCCUGGCUGCAAUGGAAGCCGCUGAAGCAAGGCAGACAGCCUGUGACGAGCUGUUCACAAACGAGGAGGAGGAGUACAGCCUCUACGAAGCUAUGAAGUUCUUGAUGUUAGCCAGAGCCAUCCAACUGUAUGAGGACAAGGAGAAGGGAAAGGAAGUUCCUUUUUUCUCUGUGCUCUUGUUUGCCCGAGACACAUCAAAUGACCCUGAACAGCUCCUGAGGAACCACCUGAACCAGGUGGGACACACUGGUGGCCUUGAACAGGUUGAAAUGUUCCUUCUUGCCUAUGCUGUUCGCCACACCAUCCAGGUGUACCGGCUGUCCAAGUAUAACACUGAGGAAUUCAUCACAGUCUAUCCCACUGAUCCCCCCAAGGACUGGCCAAUGGUGACCCUCAUAGCUGAGGAUGAUCGGCACUAUAACAUCCCUGUCAGAGUGUGUGAGGAGACAAGUCUGUGAGGGACACAUGUGAACAGCCAAGUGAUGUGCAUGUACAGCUCCUCUGGGGGCCUCAGAUCUGCAGGUGUCCAAGGACAAUCUGGGAGAACUCUUGGGCCCCUGGAGCCAACUUUGGACCGUUAUGUUCUGAAGACUAGCUGUUGAUAAUGAGAAUUAAUUAGCCAAGUCUUCACUCAUUGUUCUGUUACGCAGUGUGUUUCACUGGGGGCUUCAGCAUGUGCCUUUGGAAGGUGCAAACUAUGUCUCCAUAAGGCAUAUGCCUUUGGGUCAGAGGAAACUGUUUGGAAAGAAUCUGUCCAAUGAAAGUUCUGAUGGUAAACUGGUUUUUACUUCUCUUUUUAAAACAGUAGUUUUGUUUUUGAUUUUGAUUCCUUUUCUUUGGAAUGGUGGUGAUGGGUCUCAUUACUGGUCUUCCUAUGAGAUAUGUUUAAAUGGUAGUGUCCUGGGAUGAGUAGUUACAGUAUCUUUUGAUAGCCUGUUUUUGGAGGGAUGGGCAGUGAAUGUAUAUGCCAAUUAAUAGUAUUUUGAGUAGAUUGUCUCUUAGAAGACUAAGAACAGGGUCCCAGAAUAGUUUUUUGAAAGCUGGAAGAGGUUUAGGAGAGAGUGGGGAGGAGUCUAGGCUCUGGUUGCUGAGGCUUUGGUACCCUGGCAUUGGGAGAUCUCUCUGCACAUGUGCUCUAGUGUUGGGGUUGUGGGUCACAGUGAUUCCAGUGUUUAUAGAGGUGGGAAUCAAAACCUGUCACUUCAGUUCAGAGGUGGGCGCCCCUUUCAUGCUGUUGACGAUGCCAUGUCCUGCUGGGCACAUGUAACUCAUCCUGAGACAGGAUGUGACCCAGCUGACUAUCUGGGAUCUCUGAUAAGUAAGUCAGAGCAGAAGCGCGUGCUAGGCUAGGAGGCAGCCGCCAGGUUGGCUAGGAUAAGUUUGUGUGCAUGGCAUAAGCCAUGUUCCUGACUUGAGCAGGGCCAACUGGGGAGAUGUCCUGAGCAUGGGCUGCCUUGGGGCCUUUAUUUCCCUUUGGGAACGUAGCCUUUGUCCGUGGGGACCAGACACAUCCUUCUUUAGGAUAUCAUCUGUAGCAUCUGAAUCAGUUCAACAUUUUUUGUUGAUGUUAUCCUAAUGUGUUGAACUUAUUUUGUGAUAGUUAAAAUUCUUAAUUUAACUCAGUUUCAUAUAGAUAAGCAACUUUUUUUGACAAACCUUUAAAAUAUGAAUUUUUGUUUCAAUAAAAAUUAAGUCUUAUGUAUGAAAACUCAGGAUAUAAAAAGCAGUCAGACCCUUGUAUUUCUUUCAUUGCCUCAUGAGUAAAAUCACCACAUUUCAUUAACUGUUUAUUGAUUAGAGUGCUGGCAUCAAAUGCUGUUCUGAAUGUGUGUGAGUGACUAUGUUGAGAGGCAUUGUGUUGUCACUGUGAAAUGCUGUGAUGCCCUUACCUAAGAAGGCCCUGAGCAGCAAAUUAAAAUUAGGAAUAAUGACCUAUUGUGGACCUUGACACUUUAUUUUGCUGCUUGUAAUUAAAUAGCAGGUAACGUCUGCCAUUCAUGUUUGUACAGUUUUGGAAGUAGAACUUGAAAUGUUUAGAUAUUCCAGCAGGAGUGACCUCUGCCCUUUGGGUGCCUUGAAGCUGACCAUUGGGCUUAUAUCACCAUUGAAAUUUAGUAAUGCUCUUGGUAAUAUUCACGAUUAUCUGCAUUUAAAAGACAAUGGACUUGAA